AUGUCCAGUGUUGAAUCUGUCGAGCAGCUACACUUAUCAGAAGAUUAUACUAUUUGCGAUAACUUAUCUCCUAUGAGAAAAAGUGGACCUAAAAGAAAAAUCUCACUGGAACAGGAAUUUCUUUUAAUUAUGAUGAGAUUACGUUUGGGUCUUUUAAUUGAAGAUUUAGCUUUCCGCUUUUGUAUAUCAGCUGGAACAGUUUCCCAAAUUAUUAUUACAUGGGUAAUAUUGUUAUCUAAAGAGUUGGACAGCCUAAUUUUGUGGCCUAGCCGGAAUACAAUUCGAGCAACUAUGCCAAACUGUUUUAAGCGAUUAUAUCCAAAAGUGAGAACAAUUAUAGAUUGUUCUGAAAUAUUUUUUGAAACAUCAAGUGCUCUUGAUGUUCAAGCUUGUAUGUGGAGUGACUAUAAACAUCAUGCAACAGUCAAAUUCUUAAUAGCAAUAACUCCGAAUGGAGCCAUUUCAUGGCUGUCUCCCCUUUAUGGUGGACGUGCCUCUGACAUUUUUAUUGUGAGAAAUAGUGGUUUUCUUGAUAUACUUGAGCCCUAUGACCAAGUUAUGGCAGAUCGUGGCUUUAAAAUAAGGACAGACCUUGCAUAUAAACAGUGUACUCUUUGUAUACCUCCAAGUGCUGUUAAAGGAAUUCAAAUGUUAAAAGAAGAAGUUCGAGAAACAUCAAACAUUGCUAAUGUACGUAUUUAUGUGGAGCAAGCAAUAAAAAGGAUUAAACAUUUCCGUAUUUUAAAAAUAACUCAGCCAUUACUAUACCUACCUAUCAUGAAUAAUAUACUACGCGUAUGUGGUGCUAUAUCAAACUUGAGAAAACCAUUAGUUUCUAAAUAG